CCUGGAGUGUGAGAAGGACCCAACUCCCAGAGGAGUACUGCAACCUGUUUUCAUGCCUUCUGUGUUUCCCAUGUCUCCCUUUCCUCAUCUGCUUCUCAAGAAAGAGUGGUCUUGCUCUCACCAACUCCUCCUAUCACAGGAAAUCAGGAGGCUCUUCCCAGACCACUCUCAGCUGAGUAGCUCCUGGAAAACUGGAUGGGACCAUGGCCAACAGCGAGCGUACCUUCAUCGCCAUCAAGCCUGAUGGGGUCCAGCGGGGGCUUGUGGGAGAGAUCAUCAAGCGAUUCGAGCAGAAGGGAUUCCGCCUGGUUGGUUUGAAAUUUAUACAGGCUUCAGAGGAUCUUCUCAAGGAGCACUACAUUGACCUGAAGGACCGCCCCUUCUUUUCUGGCCUGGUGAAGUACAUGCACUCAGGACCGGUGGUUGCUAUGGUCUGGGAGGGACUGAAUGUUGUGAAGACAGGCCGGGUGAUGCUUGGAGAGACCAACCCCGCAGACUCUAAGCCUGGGACCAUACGAGGAGACUUUUGCAUUCAAGUUGGCAGGAACAUCAUUCAUGGCAGCGAUUCUGUGGAGAGUGCGGAGAAGGAGAUCAGUUUGUGGUUUCAGCCUGAGGAGCUGGUGGACUACAAGAGCUGUGCGCAGAACUGGAUCUAUGAGUGACAGCAGGGCCCCUGCUUUUUUUCUGUCUACUGACCCUUGAUCUCACAGGCAGGGGAGCAGCAGCUCUAGAUCUUUCUGGAACUUCUCUGAACUGGAAGAAGCCUCUGGGCGCUGUGACUCCCUGUGCAGUGUUAAGUGCCACUGGUAGAUUAAAGUGUUUUGUCUGUA